GCUGCAGACUGUGAUUGACUGCAGUGGCAUAGCGAAAGGCUUUUGGCUGUGUAAACACCCUGAAGGCUCAAUUUACUUCUUGCAACAAGUUUUGGCCUCGCAAGUUGCCGCUGUCCCCCCCGACCGUGCAUCUUGCCUGCGGCCAUCUUCAGACGAGAAAUCCUCGCCAUGGGAUUUUAAGGAUUCCGAAUCCGUAACCACACACCACUCUCGCCCACCAUGAAUAUUUCGCAGCCCGUGUCGUCCUCUCUGGACAGCGUCGAGUUCACCUUCCUGACCGACAACGAGAUCCGCGCCAUCUCGGUGCGCAAGAUCGAGAAUGAGAGCACCUUCGACACUCUGCUGAACCCCGUUCCCGGCGGUCUCUACGACCCUGCCUUGGGUUCCUGGGGCGACUCACUCUGCACAACAUGUAACCUUGGCCAGUCGCAAUGUCCCGGCCAUCCCGGCCACAUCGAGCUCCCCGUGCCCGUCUACCACCCCGUCUUCAUGGACCAAGCAUACCGUCUGCUGCGCGCGCAAUGUGUUUACUGCCACCGGUUCCGCCUCCCCCGUAGGGAAAUCCACCGCUACUCCUGCAUGCUCCGUCUGCUGCAGUGCGGCCUUCUCAAGGAAGCCCAGAUGAUCGACUCUUUCGGCGAAAGCGAGUUCGGUUCCGCCAUUCGCCAAUUCCAGCUAGCCGACGUGCCCGAGAUGGAGGAUGACGAGGCUGAGGAGGAGGGGAACAACCUGAAUGAUAGCACCAUCCGCCAACGGGAAGCAUAUGUCCGCGCUGUUCUUCGCGACUAUAGGGCUAAGGUUACUAUGCGCGACAUCAACAAGGGCAAGCACGAGGGCGCCGCCGAUAUGCGCAGGGCUCUCGUCAAGGAGUUCCUGGCUGCCAUCAUCAAGGACAAGAAGUGCAAGACCUGCGACGGCAUCUCUCCCGUCUACCGCAAGGAUCGGUACACGAAGAUUUUCGAGCGCGACCUCACACAAAAGGAGAAGGCCGCCAUGGCCCAGGCUGGAAGGAAGCGUGCCGAUGCGCUGGCCAUGAAGGGCGGCAAGAAGAAGGAUCAUGAUGACGACGAGGGGAUCGCCGAUAUCGAGUCGACAGCCAGCGAGUCCGACAACAGCGAAGGCGAGGGCGAAGAGCUCGACGAGAACGGCGACGUCGUCAUGGCGGACGCGGGCAGCAAGACCAAGGCGAAGGAGAAGGCCGAGAAGAGGGCUCUUCCCCAGAGAUACAUCAGCUCUCUCGAGGUCAAGGAGAGGUUAAACUUCCUUUUCCAGAAGGAGCAAGAGAUUGUGGCUCUGCUCUUUAGCUCCAAGCCUCGUCCCAAGCACGCGAAGCCCAUGACUGCCGACAUGUUCUUCAUCCAGACACUCCUCGUCCCUCCCAACAAAUUCAGACCCGAGGCUAGAAUGGGCGACCAAGUAACGGAAGCGCAGCAAAACAGUCUCUACAAGUUGAUCCUCAGGGGGUCGUCUAUGGUCGCCCAGAUAUCCCGCGAGGUUUCCGAAACCGCAAAGGGUAACGCUCCCGAGGACGGACGCAGAGCCAGGGAUAUAAAUGCGCUCUACCAAGCGUGGACGCAGCUCCAAGACGCCGUCAACUCCUUGAUCGAUCGCGAUAAGAACCCCGUCCAGGGUGCUGCUGGAAAGCGCAACGAGGACGGUAUCAAGCAGAAGCUCGAGAAGAAGGAGGGUCUGUUCCGUAAGAACAUGAUGGGUAAGCGUGUCAACUUUGCCGCCAGAUCCGUCAUCUCUCCCGAUCCCAACAUUGAGACCAGCGAAAUCGGUGUCCCUCCGGUAUUCGCCAGGAAGCUCACAUACCCCGAGCCGGUAACGAGUCACAACUACCAAGAUCUCAAGAAUGCAGUCCAGAACGGUAUGGACAAGUGGCCCGGUGCUUCUGCGAUCGAGAUGGAGAACGGCCAAAUCAUCAACUUGAGGAACAAGUCCUCGGAGGAGCGCGCGGCCCUUGCCAACCAGCUCUUGGCCCCGACCAAUAACAACUUCAGCGGAGUUCGCAACAAGAAGGUCCACCGCCACCUCACGAACGGUGAUGUCGUCCUCAUGAACCGUCAGCCCACCCUUCACAAGCCCUCCAUCAUGGGUCACAGAGUCAGAGUGCUGCCGGGCGAGAAGACGAUUCGCAUGCACUACGCCAACUGCAACACCUACAACGCCGAUUUCGAUGGUGAUGAGAUGAACAUGCAUUUCCCCCAAAACGAGAUUGCCCGUGCCGAGGCCCUUCAGAUCGCCGACACUGACCACCAGUACAUCUCCGGCACCGCUGGCAAGCCUCUCCGUGGUCUUAUUCAGGAUCAUUUGUCCGUUUCCGUUAUUAUGUGUAACAAGGACACCUUCUUCGAUCGGGCCAACUACCACCAACUCGUCUACGCCGCUCUCCGACCCGAGAGUGGUCACAUUAUGGGAGACAAGCUUGAGCUUGUACCGCCGGCGAUCAUCAAGCCGGCCCCCCGCUGGACGGGUAAGCAAAUUAUUACCACAAUUCUCAAGAACAUCAAGCCACCAAACUGCGGUGACCUGUGGAUGAACGGCUCUACACAAGUCAAGGCUCAUCAGUGGGGUGACCAUGCCCCAGAAGAAGGCCAGGUCACUUUCCGUGAUGGAGAGUUUAUCACCGGUAUUCUCGACAAGUCUCAGCUGGGUCCCAGCAGUGGCGGUUUCAUUCACUCGAUUCACGAAGUCUAUGGCCCUUCAGCUGCCGGCAAGCUCCUCAGUUGCAUGGGUCGUCUUCUCACCCGUUACCUGGCCAUGGUUGCCUUCUCGUGCGGUAUGGACGAUCUAGUAAUGACGCCCAAGGGAGAGGCAGACAGGAGGGAGAAGAUCAAGGCCGCCGCUCACAUCGGUCUUGAGGUCGCCGCCAAGUAUGUGUCGCUCGAGGAGCAGAAGCCUACUCCUGAAGAUCCCCUUCUUUUGCAACGCUUGGAGGAAGUUAUGCGCAACGACAAGAAGCAAGAGAACUUGGAUCUUUUGAUGAACCAACGCUGCGCCCAACUCUCCAGCGAGAUCACCAAGACAUGUCUUCCUGCUGGUCUGCAAAAGAAGUUCCCCAAGAACCAAAUGCAAAGUAUGACAACAUCAGGUGCUAAGGGUUCUCCUGUCAACGCCAACCUCAUUUCUUGCAACUUGGGCCAGCAGGUUUUGGAAGGUAGACGUGUCCCCGUCAUGGUGAGCGGCAAGACUCUUCCUAGUUUCAAGCCCUUCGACACCAACGCCAGAGCUGGUGGUUACAUCGUCCAGCGUUUCUUGACUGGUAUUCGCCCCCAGGAGUACUACUUCCAUCACAUGGCCGGUCGUGAGGGUCUUAUCGACACAGCCGUCAAGACAUCGCGUUCCGGUUAUCUUCAGAGAUGUUUGAUCAAGGGUAUGGAAGGCCUCAAGGUCGCUUACGACAGCUCGGUCAGAGACUCGGAUGGCUCCAUCAUUCAGUUCCUGUUCGGUGAGGAUGGUAUCGAUAUCUCCAAGCAAAAGUACUUGAACGAUUUCGAGUUCAUCCUCCGCAACAUGGCAUCCGAGUUGGCGCAUCUCAACUACUCGGAAGAGGGUACUCAGGCUCUCUUCGAGCACAAGGACGAGAUGAUCAAGCAGAUGAAGGCUGCCAUCAAGUCGAGGGAUACCCGUAACCCGCUCAACCCGAUCGAGUCGGAUGUUGACCCUGCCUUGUAUGCUUUUGCCACCUCGGAGAACUUCUUCGAGAAGAUGACCAAGUACAUCAAGGAGAACAAGGAUGGCUUGAUCAAGGAGAAGAAGGGCGACUCCUCUGGCAUCAUUUCCCGCAAGACCGCCGAGAAGAUUUUGGCGGCCAAGUACAUCAGGUCGCUGGUAGAGCCCGGUGAGGCUGUUGGUAUCGUGGCCGGUCAGUCCGUCGGUGAGCCCUCGACACAGAUGACACUGAACACCUUCCAUUUGGCUGGUCACUCGGCCAAGAACGUCACAUUGGGUAUCCCCCGUCUUCGUGAAAUUCUCAUGACCGCUUCCGCCAAGAUCUCGACUCCUGCCAUGACCCUCUACCCCAACCCUGAGCUCUCAGAUGCCGACUGCGAGCAGUUUGCCAAGUCCAUCAGCAUUCUUCCCCUGGCCGAUGUUACCAAGGAGGUUACCGUCAGGGAGAAGAUGGGCCGUGGCUUGGGCUAUCCUCUCGCCAAGCUCUUCGAGAUCAGGUUGCGCUUCUUCCCGUCUGAGGAGUACUGCAAGACAUAUGCGAUCGAGAUUGCGGAUGUUCUUGCUACUGUUGAGAGGAAGUUUUUGCCCCUGCUUGGUCAGCUCACCAAGAAGGAGAUCAAGAAGAAGUACAAGGAGAACUCUGCUGCCACUCCCGAGAUUGGUGUCAAGGUUGGUACUGUGGAGAUGGCGGCACCCGACGGCGAGCGUGCUGUCGGCGAGGACGGCGACGCGGACGACGAUGACGACGGUGAUGAUGACGCCACCAACGCCAAGAACAGGGCCAACAGGCACGAGGCAGUGUCCUACGGCCCCAACGACGACGACGAUGAUGUCAUCCAGAAGUCUCUGCAGCGCGCGGAUGACGAUGAGGAGGAGGGUGAGGAGAGACUUGAGUUUGAUGACGAGGGCUACGGUGGCAGCCCAGAGCCCGAGGACCGCAACGCCGAUGGCGACAUGUCCGUGUACAAGUCUCGAUCACGCGAGACACGCAUCAAGGACAAGAACGACUUCGUUGCCCGCUUCCACUGCGACGAGCAGGGCGGCGAGUGGUGCGAGAUGAUCUUGGAGUUUGACCCCGCGACACCCAAGAUUCUCAUGCUCAACCUCGUCACCGAGGCGGUCAAGAAGGCGCUCAUCCAGCAGAUUCCCAGACUCGGCACCGCGACAUUCGUCGUGGAGAACAAGGAGCGUCUUAUCCACACCGAGGGCUCCAACAUCAAGGCCAUGCAGCAGUAUGCCGACUACAUCAACCCCAACAAGAUCUUGACCAACGACAUUGCUCAAGUACUCGAGAUCUAUGGUGUUGAGGCCGCCAGGAACAGCAUCGUUCGCGAAUUGAGCGGUGUCUUCAAGGGUCACGGUAUCGGUGUCGACCCCCGCCAUCUGAACCUCAUUGGCGACUACAUGACCAGAAACGGUGGCUUCACUCCUUUCAACCGUAUGGGUCUGACCACCAACGUCAGCCCCUUCACCAAGAUGAGUUACGAAACCACCGUCGGUUUCCUCAAGGACGCCGUCCUCGACGGCGACUGGGACAGCCUCGACACCCCAUCAGGCAGACUGGUUGUCGGUAAGCUGGGCGUUACCGGUACGGGCUCGUUCGACGUGUUCACCAAGGUGCCUACUGAGCACCACUCUCAUGUGCUAUAAGUCACACACAUACACCUCUGGGAGUGGGUGUGCCGUGUCAUGUCGUGUCGUGUUGUGUCACAUGUUGUUUUUAUGAUGAACUACCCGGGUGUACAAAAAUGUGCGGAUGGACAUAAGUAUGGAAAGGAACAUGGAGAAAUGAAAUGCAUCAAUCACUCAAAUUUGGUAGAAUAGGUAGCCCACACCCUGACCUGAACUUGGCGGCGAAAACUGGGUUUGGUGUUUUGUAAUGUUUUUGCUUGAUUGCUGCCUGUUUCUAAAAAGAAAUUUAUUAUUUUACAUAAAUCAACAACUCAC